AUGGCGGUCAGCCGGCCCCCCCAGGCCCUUCUCAGCACAUGGGGGUUUUACGUGUUUUGGUCUUACCUGGCCACCUUGGUGACGUCGCUUGUUUUGUUUCCAGGGGGAACGCAGGUCCUCGAUCGGAGGGAGCUGUGGGCUGUCAAGAGAGUCUUCUUCCUUACGCCGCAAAUCAUGGUGAACGAUCUUUCCCGCGGAACCUGUCCCGCUGCAGAGAUUAAGUGUUUGGUUAUCGACGAAGCCCACAAAGCGCUUGGCAAUCACGCCUACUGUCAGGUUGUGAGGGAACUAAGCAAAUACACAACUCAGUUUCGGAUCUUGGCCCUAAGUGCCACUCCAGGCAGCGACACAAAGGCUGUCCAGCAAGUUAUUUCCAACUUGCUCAUUGCGCAGAUAGAGCUUUGUUCUGAAGAUUCUCCAGAAAUUCAGCCUUAUUCUCAUGAGCGAUGCGUGGAAAAAAUCGUUGUUCCACUUGGUGAAGAACUAGUAGAAAUUCAGAAUGCUUACAUCCGGGUGCUAGAAACAUUUGCUGGACGCCUGAUUAAAAUAGGAGUUUUAGCAAGGCGGGAUAUUCCCAGUCUUACGAAGUACCAGAUAAUUCUAGCAAGGGAUCAAUUUAGAAAAAACCCUUCUUCACAAAAUGCGGGAAUACAGCAAGGCACAAUUGAAGGAGAUUUUGCACUUUGUAUCAGUUUAUAUCACGGUUAUGAGCUACUGCUGCAAAUGGGAUUACGGUCAUUAUUUAUCUACCUUGGUGGAAUUAUGGAUGGAUCAAAAGGAUUAACUCGUACAAGAAAUGAACUUGGUCGUAACGAGGACUUCAUGAAGCUGUAUCAGCAGCUUAGAGACAUGUUUGCAGACACAGCUCUGACUUCAGCAAAUGGAAGUCUUUAUGCGGAUAGAACAGUGUCUGAAAAUAAAAAAGAAUUUGUUUACAGUCAUCCAAAAUUAAGGAAAUUGGAAGAAAUUGUAGUAAAACACUUUGAAUCCUGGGAAGAAGGAUGUUCUGAUCAAAACAUGACUGAAAACAAAUCGGUGGAUACUGUGGAUACCAGAGUAAUGAUCUUCUCAUCGUUUCGAGAUAGCGUGCAAGAAAUUGCAGAAAUGCUUUCCCGGCUCAAUCCGAUUGUCAGAGUAAUGACCUUUGUCGGCCACUCCACAGGAAAGAGCACGAAAGGCUUCACACAAAAGGAACAACUUGAGGUGGUAAAACGCUUUCGGGAAGGUGGGUAUAACACUCUGGUGUCGACCUGUGUUGGGGAAGAAGGCUUGGACAUUGGAGAAGUCGAUCUCAUCAUCUGCUUUGAUGCUCAGAAAAGUCCGAUUCGCCUUGUGCAGAGAAUGGGCCGAACUGGACGCAAACGGCGAGGCAGAAUUGUGGUUAUCCUUGCGGAAGGGCGGGAAGAGAGGACUUACAAUCAAAGCCAGUCUAACAAGAGGAGCAUUCACAAAGCUAUUGCAGAAAACAAAAUGCUUCAUUUUUACCAACAUAGCCCACGUAUGAUUCCAGAAGGCAUAAAUCCAAAGUUGCAUAAAAUGUUCAUCACUGCAGAAGAAUAUGAACCAAGCAAUUCAAGAGUGCUUUCCAAAGAGAGAAGAUCUAGUUCUCUCCAGCAUAAAUCUGCUCUCUUUUCCUGUGUCACUGGCACAAAGGAGAUACGGUGUCAUGAGAAUUGGUCUCUGUCAUCUGAGGAAUUUGAAAUAUGGGACAGACUUUACAGGCUUAAAGAAAGUGAUGGAGUAAAGGAACUGAUGUUGCCUCAAAUUCAGUUUGAAACUUUAGAAAACCUUGAAGAAAUAUCACUACAGAAGCCUAAAGAGGAGGGAACUCAUGAACUUUCCUUGUCUGAAUGGAGAAUUUGGCAGAAUCGUCCUUUUCCUACCUCUAUGGUUGACCACUCAGAUCGUUGUUUCCAUUUUAUUAGUGUGAUGGAAAUGAUAGAGCUGAUGAGACAUGAAAAGGGAGACUGCAGCUAUGAUUUGGAGAUUCAGCCUUACUUACGUAUUGAAGAUGUUAAUGUUGAAAGGAAUAAAAGCCAUUUUUCCAUGACCAGCUCUGCUUUUGAUCAGGAAGCACAAUCAUCUAGAAAAUACACGGCGCACAGAGCAAAAGUAAAACCAUUUUUGCCGUACAUAAAUGAUACUGAGAGUGAAUUCAUUUCUGCAUUUAAAACAACAAACACAAAGACUCUCAAAAGAACUUCUGGAUUGAAUUUGGAAGUGCCUGUGUUGCCUACAGAAACUAAUGCUUUAGAUUCUUGCUCAGCAAGAGGACUUGGACUGGUUGAAAAUACUAAUCAGAGCAGUCAAGAAGAUGACGAAAUAGAGAAGGUGACGUUUGACUUAAAUGAAUUUACUGACUUAUGUGAGAUCAGUGAAAGUACUGUAAAUCGUGAAAGUACCAUAAUAAAGGAAUGCAAAUCUGUAGAUAAAGCUUGCAGCGCACGGGGCACAAACCAUGCAGGUUCUGGUUAUCGUAGCUUUACUGUUGAGAAAUCAGCUGUUUCUUCUGGCUUAUUUUAUCUUCCUGAAUCAGAGUUAGAUUCAUCUGCACUUGUGACACCAUCUGAGGAAUCUUCUUGGUUAAAAGGAAUAUUUUCCUGUGUGCAGAAGUUUUUAUCGCAACCUCCUCCCCCUUUGAAUAAGCUUUAUGAUUUUGAAAGCUCAAUGGGAAGUGGAGAAGAAGCAAUCUGUCCUUUUCAAAAUGCUAUUUCCAACAGUUCUUCAGACAGACUCCAGGACAAAGUCUCUCCUGCUUCCUCUGAAGCUGAUCCUUCGCUACUGCCAUUUGAAAAUCCUUCUGAACUAAGAGCCCCCAGUGAAUUGUGUGCCUCUGUAAAUACCUGUCUCACAAAAACUAUGUUAUCUUCUGAGGCUGCUGUUGAUAAAGCCAAAGAGGGGCUUCACUGGAGUGACAGCUUCGAUAGUGCGUUUGACAGUGAAGAACUCACAGAACUUCAGAGGGCAAAUAACCCUUCAAAUAAAUAUUUUGUUCAGGAAGAUAAAGAUGAUCUUGUAAUGAACAAGAAAGAUGUGAUUACUGAUGAAGAGAAGAGCAUAUGUUUAUCUGAAGAUGAACACACUAAUGAAACAAAUGAAUUUUUUUCCACAAAUGAUAAGCAUUUAGUCAUGGCAAAUGCAGGUGAGAGUGUUACUAGGCCAGUUGCAGGAGAAGGCUCUGAAUGCUUUCUUUCCGAGAAGUGCUGCAUGAAUGCUGAUAAAACCUGUUGGGAACUGCCAGUAGGCAGUAAAAUCACCACUAUGAAAAUGUCAGGUGAUACUAGUGUGACUGAGCAAUUUCUGGACGAUGGAGAUCUAUAUGACUGUUCUCAAGAAUUGUUUUCUGUUAGCUUUGAUCUGGGGUUUUCUAUUGAAGAGUGUGAGAAUGACAUCUUAGAAAAAACAGAUAUGAAUAUUAGUAAUAUAAACAAACCAAACGAUGCUUCAGGCAGUCAUGCAGAUGUUAAAUCCACUGAAGAUAAAAAUAAAUUACUGAAUGAAAACUCCGGGCUUCAAACGCCACCAAAAUGGGAUUGCGAAAGUCUUGAGCGAGCAAACUUCUUCGCGCCGUUGCCAUCCCAGAGUUGGAGCACAAGUCAUACAAAAACAAUCGGGGAUGCUGCCACUGCAGUUUCUCCUUUGAAGUCAGGAGACAGAAUGAGAAGUGGAUCACCUGAAGCUUUGGCUUCUUUGCCUCAUACCCCAACAGAAAGAAAGCCUCUGAAUGUUGAAGGAACAAGCAGUGAAAGCGAAGACGAGGUUGUUAUCCGAAGAAAAAAUAGGAAAAAAGAAAAUGUCUUGAAGUCCCCUGAUGUUAUGAAUGACUGUGAUUUUGAAUCGCCGGUUCAUGCUGUCAGAAAACGUAGACACCCGCUUAACAUGUCAGAUGUGUCCAGUGAUGACAGCAUGGAUUUUCACAAGAACCCAAGGAGGACCACGGAGAGCAGCUCAGCAGCCUGUAACAAGAAACAGCCAAAAAGUGCGAAACGGCAAAAGGUCAAGAGCAGCUUUACCUGCAAGAAUGCAGCAAGACAGUUUUUAGAUGACGAAGCUGAGCUUUCCCAGCAAGAUGCAGAUGGUGUUUCAUCUGAUGAGAGUGAUGAUUCAGAGAACGGACUGAGCUCUUCACUCGCCCAGUUUCUCGACGAUGAUGCAGAGUUCACGCAAGUGUUAAAUGAGUCUGAGAUGAAAGGAGUUUACCUGAAAUCUGUGCGUAGUCCAGCUCUUGGCAGUAGGUACAAAAUGGUUCACCGUGGAUUCAACAACAGGGCGAUUUUCUCACAGAUUCCUGAGCAAGACGAGGCUUAUGCAGAAGACAGUUUCUGUAUUGGAGAGGAGGAAGAGGAAACUUGCCCAAAAAGCGAAUCUAGUGAGGAGGAAGUGUGCGUCAAUUUUGAUCUCCUAAAUGAUGAGAGUUUUGCUGAUGGAAAAAAACAAUACCUCACUCGCCGUAGAAGAAAACUGAACCGGGCCCAGAUGGAACAGGGCUACACUGCUCCAAUGCCAAAAAAGAAACCAUCCCGAAUUAUUGUUCUUGACGAUUCCAGUGGGGAAGAAACAAGUGUCGGUAAUGAGAAGCCCAUGAAAGCAGGCUGUUUCAGGACAGAGCAGGAAAAUGCUCAGUUACCCAGAUCAUUGCCUUCAGUGUCUUCAGCACAGCACAAAGAAAUUGCUAGAGAAAUCAAUGCUCAUCAGCCUCUGGAGAAUAAGGGUCAGAUGCUUCUUAGCUUGAAGGCUUCAGUAUCUGAAACUCUCGAUUUUCACCCAGAAAGUCGAGUCAGGAGCGUACGUUCUUCAUCGACUGUCACUAGUUCUGAUUCGAGGAAAGAGGAUCUUCAGGCUGCCACUGAGGUGCAAAGUUCUUGGAAGAACGCCUGUGUGAACGCUUCAGCCGCAUCCUGCUCUGCUUCCAGGAGACCCUCCCCAGCUACACUUCUUGUUUCGCCUGACCCUCUGGAGAAAAAAGCUUCACUUUGCAUUCUGGUAGACAGUCGUGAGAUCUCCUCUGGACCAGACGUAAUAUCGUCCUUGAAGGCGGUUCACGGAGUAAAGGUGCAGGUUUGCUCGCUGAGCAGUAGCGAUUACAUUGUGAGCGACCGCAUGGCGGUGGAGAGGAGAUUUCAGUCAGAGCUGCUGAACGCUGUGAAUAGGGCUAAAGUUGUCCAGCGGAUCCAGCGCCUGCAGAGCAUGUUUGAGAGAAUAUGCGUGAUUGUGGAAAAGGACAGGAUUAAAACAGGAGAAACGUCAAGAUUUUUCCAAAGGACUCAGUACUAUGAUGGAGUGCUCUCAGCCUUGGUCCACGCCGGGAUCCGAAUCCUUUUUAGCUCUUGCCAAGAGGAAACUGCCACUUUGCUGAAAGACCUGGCUUUGGUGGAGCAGAGGAAAAACGCUGCCAUUCUUGUGCCAACCGAAGUGCAGGGUCACAAACAGGAAAUGCUCAACUUCUUCCUGAGUAUUCCUAACAUCAGCUACUUAGCUGCACUCAACAUGUGCCAUCAUUUUGACUCCGUGAAGAAGAUGGCCAACAGGUAACAGCCAAGGUGUUCUGCAAGUCUCUUGAGGCUCUCGAGCCUCACAGGACUGAGUUCUGGAUUAAAACUGUAGGGCCUUUUCCUUCUCCUUUCCCAUCUGUCUGGAUUUGCCGCUGGCCCUCAUGCUAACAGUGCGAAUCA